AUGGGCAACGCUAAAAAUAGUGAUUCUCUCCAAAAGAGUCUUGUCUAUGACUACUUGAACACAAUAAAGCCUUCUGGACAUCAAAUGUUCGGCAAAGUUCGUUUUAUCCGUUGCGGUAACUAUGUGUUAAAUUUGGUCUUCGGGAGAAUCGUCAAGAGUUUGCGUGAAGACCGCUUGUUUGCCGAGGCAUUCAGUAAAGUGACAAGGCUGGAGAAAAUCAUGAGGCGCUCUACUGCGGUCAAUGCAAGUCUGAAAGAACAUGAUCUACCACUUAUACCAUAUGAAUCGCAAACCAUAUGGAUUUAUACCUGGAGACAAGUUACUGUUUUUUUCCAAAAUUAUCCAGCCUAUUGGGAAUGGUUUAAAGCACUCGACACAAAAUCCCAUACUCACAUCAUCAAUCGAGUCCAGAGUGUCAUAGGAUUUGACGAAAAGACAAUUCAAAUGCUGACAUACUUCGUUGAGUGCUGCGAUAUAUUCACUGAGCUGGACUCCGCAUUCCAAAAUGAUGAGUUUAACAAUCUCCCUCAGGCUGUUCCUCUUUAUUAUAUACUGGGUCACUACUACAAACUGUGCUUGAGUGCGUUUGCCGGUAACCAUAUUCCAAAUAUUUCAGGCAUAGAUUUCUCUUAUUUCAAUGGCCGCGAGUGUUUAUCCCUGGAUGAUAAAAGGAUUGUCCUCCAAGCAAUCAAAGAUUCCUACAGCUGCUACCAAGACCACUUAUGUGAUCUCGAGGUGAAUCCUCUGUUCUACGUUGCAGUGCUCCUAGAUCCAACGGCAAAACAAGACAAGCUUCGUGAAGUAAUGGAAGCAGACGAGCUCACGGUUAGAAUAAGCGAAGUUAACUCAUUCAUGCGCAACUACCUGAAAGUACAGAGGUUUAGCUGUGCUACGGAACAGGAGCGGAGAAAGAUUCCUAAAGCUCCUAGCAAUGAAAACCUGCUGUCGUUUAAUAUACGUGUCGCACCUGAUCCGUCGAAGCACACCAGAUUGGCUGCGGAAGCUGAGUACAAUGAUGCAAGUUCUGAAGAAUGGGAACGAUAUCAGAGAGCCUGUAAUCGCAGGAAACUCUAG